GUCGGGUGUCAACAAACCAUGUAAUCUUGAGUGUAUUUAUCCGUGGAUUUUGGUUGCAGAACGUCCUUAAAAGUGCUUUUUGCGUCCCCCAUUCCAGUUAGAUUCCUGCAUAUCUCGUCCUUUUGCGCAGAGCCUCUCUUUACCGUCUGUCAUCUUUCUUGUGCGGGGAUCGAAUUUCUAGAAACUCUCCAGCCAUGGGUCAUUCAGAAUCCAAGGUUCAGGUUGCAGAAGAUACUGAAGAAAUUCGGGAUCUAAGUAAUAGCUCUCACUUUACGCACAACGAGAUACGGAAGCUUCAAACAGAGUUUGAGAAACUCGCGGAUGAAAACCAUACCAUUAAUAAGAACGACUUCAAAAGAACUCUAGAACAACAUGUCAGCUGCUGGUCGGCCGGCGCACAAUACCUUUUCCUUGAACGAUUAUUUAAUGCUUUCGAUUUGGAUGGUAAUGAACGUAUCGACUUCCGCGAGUUCAUUCAGGGCCUGAGUGUGUUUAUGAAGGGGACGCCGGAAGAGAAGAUGGAAUUGUCAUUUCGACUAUAUGAUAUGGAUAAAAGCGGAUCAAUAGAACCUCGAGAGCUGAUAAAAAUAAUGAGUCAGAUGUAUUCUGCUUUCUACAACGAAGAUCAGUCACAGAAGAUAAAAGAGCUUGUACAUCAGAUCUUCGAGGAUUUGGAUAUCAAUGGUGAUGGUUCUCUGUCUCUCAAAGAGUACAAAUUAAUGGCACUGAAAGAGCCAAUGAUGAUCGAUUUUAUUGAACAAUUUCUUAUCGUGCCACCGCCAAAAUAGCUGUCAUUCUUUGGAUGGGCCGUUGUGCGCUUUUGCAGGGCCGGAGGAGAGACUAGGGAGUAUCUCAGUGACAUUGACCUACAUGUCUUUCGGUUGGAGGUUUCUGUUACCUAUUCCCUAGAGUUUCUGUAAUGUAUCAAUCUUUAUACCCGAUGGCCCGGUUUUACUGACUGAGGGUGUCAAAUGUGUGCAUACCGG